AUGGCAGAUUCAAGAAAGUCAUCAAGGGAGAGGCAGCCCACGGAAAAAAUGGCCGCUCUUCAGGCCUCUGAAGAAUCAAAGACAGAGCGGAAGUUUUUCAAGAUGUAUGGCUCCCUUAAGGCCACAGUAAAGGCAGCUAGAACAAUCAUUAAGACAGAGACAGAAGAAGGUCCCAUCAAACAACAGAUAUCCAUACUGGAAGCUGGAGAGAGGGAAUUGAUGGAAACCUACGAGAUUUUGAGGAGACACAAGGUCCCCAUAAGAGAGGCCACCACGAGGAUGGACCGUGCCAACGCAAUGGUCAGAGAUAGCCUCAACGCCUUGAAAGAAGUUCUGGGAUCCCUAGAAGGUCCUUUUGACGCCGAGGAUCGGAAGCAGAUAGCGAAAGAAUUCUUGAAACAAGCAUAUGCUUCAUCGGUCUUCAGCUCAAUUUUAAGCGAAAUGGACCAAGGGGUUGAAACCAGCCAACUGCGUGGAGCCACACCAGUAAUUGACAUUGAUAGCAAUCCUGGACAGCCUGUAGAAUCUCGUAACACACCAUCACUUCUUCCUCAAGACAAAAUGUACCCAGGAGUUGGAGUAAACCAACCACCUGAAGGUAUUCAAGAGCAGGCAGCAGAACCUCCUGCCAAGACGUCAUCUCCUUCCCCUCAAGAUGAGAUGGGCCCAGAGUUUAGAGCAGGCCAGCUACAUGAUAGUCUACCUGAUUCGCAUGUGGAACCUCGUGACAAGACACCACUACAGCCGCCUCAGACAACGUCGGUUGACGUCCAGGGCUUAUGUAAGGCUUUAGCAGACAACAUGUACCACACAAGACUUCCGAUGCCAGUGCCACGCACCUUUAGUGGGGAUCCGCUCGAGUUUGUAGAGUUCGACAAAGGUUUCAAGACUUUGAUCGAAAACCGUGGCAUACCACCAACAGAGAUGCUGUAUUAUCUGAAGCAGUACCUGACUGGUCCGGCAAGGGAGGCCGUGGAAGGUUCCUUUUUCGGGGACUCCAAAGAGGCAUAUGAUGGGGCAUGGAGGUGCCUUCGACAGAGGUAUGGUCAUCCUUUUAAUAUCCAACAAGCGUUCCGGAAGAAGCUAAGUGCUUGGCCGAAGAUAUCCUCCAAAGAUGCCAUAGGUCUUCAGAAGUUUGCGGACUACUUAAAGUCUUGUGAUGAUGCUAUGCCAUAUGUCACUGGCCUCCAGGUGCUAAACGACUGCUAUGAGAAUCAAAAGAUGAUAGCCAAACUUCCAGACUGGCUGAUUAGUAGCUGGAAUAGGGUGGUAUCAAAUGAGUUGGAAGGCGGCAGCUAUCCUUCAUUUUCUAAGUUUGUGAAAUUUGUUGCUAAGGAGGCAAGGAUAGCCAACAAUCCCAUUUCUUCUCUAGGUGCCCUGAAAUCUGAGGACUCUCAAAGAGAAUCAAGUCCCAAGACCUUCAAGAUCAAGCGAGAAGCAAGAAAUAAAGGAUCUGCUUUGGCUGUCAACACCAAGGAAAGUGCCAAAGGCAAGAACAUCCCAAACCAAGUCAAGAAGGCUCCAAAACCUUGCUGCCUGUGUAGUGAAACUGGACACAAGUCCGAGGACUGUGACAAGUUUUUGGCCAAGCCACUUUCUGAACGCAGGAAGUUUGUUCAAGAAAAUCAUGUAUGCUUUGGUUGCUUACAGAAGGGGCAUUUUUCUAAGGCAUGUAAACAAAGGCUGAAGUGUAGUACAUGUGGUAAGCGCCAUCCCACGGCUCUUCAUGAGGAAAACCCUAUGAUAAGAGAGGACAAUGCGCACAAGAGUGAAGGAGCUUCUAAGGACAGGGCUACGUCUUGCCAAGUCCGUUCUGGAAAACAAGCUAGCACUUCGAUGAUUGUACCAGUGUGGGUCGCGGCAGAACAAGCACCAUCGUCAGAGAUUCUGACUUACGCCCUCCUGGAUACCCAGAGUGAUUCAUCGUUCAUUCUAGAUGAAGUAGCGCAAGCCCUGAAUGCUAAGCAGCAACCCAUACGCUUAAAGUUAUCUACUAUGACUUCGUCAUCGAACAUUGAUUGCAGCGUGACCUCAAGUAUCUUAGUUAGAGGUAUGAUGUCGCCCUCCCAGCUCAAGAUAGGAAAAUGCUAUACGCGUGACUUCAUACCGACUGAUAGAGAACACAUCCCAAGCAGAAGUACUGCUGAGAAGUGGACUCAUCUCCAAGAUGUUGCAAGAGAGAUGCCAGCACUUCAGAGAUGCGAAGUCGGCCUACUGAUAGGCUAUAAUUGCCCAAGAGCUCUGACACCAAGACAAGUAGUUACUGGUAGCGAUGUAGAACCAUUUGCUAUUCGAACUGACCUCGGCUGGAGUAUUGUUGGCUUUGCCGAAGAAGAGAAUGCCAUGGACUUCAGUAGCCAGUGUGGGAGGGUUUCUACUCGCGAGAUACCAUUUCCGAAGCCAAAGGAGAUCAUAGGGUUGCUUGAGGCAGAUUUCGCAGAGGACAAAUCGCCGGACAAAGCAUGCUCUCAGAAUGACCUACAAUUCUUGAAACACCUUGAGACCAACAUUGUACAAUGCGAGGAUGGUCAUUUGCAGAUGCCGCUGCCCUUCAAGACCCGGCCAAACCUUCCAAGCAACAAAAGGUUGGCAACCGUUCGAUUCGAACACCUCCAUCGAAAGCUUAAGAAGGACGAAGCAUAUAGAAACUAUACAAGCUUCAUGACAGAUAUCAUAAAUGGUGGCUUUGCAGAACAAGUAGAGACCAAGGCGCCGCCUGGAGAAACAAAUUACAUACCACAUCAUGGUGUGUAUCAUCCAAUGAAGAAGAAGAUGAGAAUAGUGUUUGAUUGUUCCGCGAAGUACGGCGGCACCUGCCUUAACGAUCAUCUGCUCAAGGGACCGGACAUGAUAAACUCAUUGGUGGGAGUCCUUUGUCGGUUCAGGAAGCACAAUGUAGCAGUGCUAUGUGAUGUUGAGAAGAUGUUCUUUCAGUUUAGGGUCGCUGAGGAUGACCGAGACCUCCUGCGCUUCCUGUGGUUCCAAGAUAACGACAUCAACAAGGAGCCAGUGGAUUAUCGCAUGAACGUCCAUCUUUUUGGUGCCGCUUCUUCGCCAGGUUGCGCCAAUUAUGGCUUAAAGUAUCUGGCUAGACAUUGCAGCAAUGAAUUUCCAUUGGCAUCUCGUUUCGUCGAGCGCAGCUUCUAUGUGGAUGAUGGGCUGGUGAGUGUAUCCAGUGAAGAGGAAGCCAUUCAGUUGGCCAAUGAAGCCAGACAACUUUGCAGCAAGGGUGGCUUACGUCUCCACAAGUUUGUUUCGAAUUCUAAGGCAGUUCUGGAGAGUCUGCCAAAGUCUGAGCGUGCCAGUGAUGUCACUGACUCAAACUUGGAUUUUGAGGAUCAAGUAGAGCGUGCUCUGGGGAUAGUUUGGAAUGUGGCCACGGAUGCCUUUUGUUUCAGAAUUUCCCUGAAAGAGAAACCAAUGACACGGCGGGGAAUUCUGUCCAUAGUCGCAUCCCUUCAUGACCCUCUCGGAUUUGUGGCUCCGGUCGUUCUCGAUGGCAAGAGAAUCCUUCAAGAAAUGUGUCGUAGCGGGCUUGGGUGGGAUGAUCCAGUACCCGAGAACCUGCAAUCAAGGUGGGAGCAAUGGUGUAAGGAAAUCCCGCAGCUAGAGGAGCUAAGAAUACCUCGGUGUUAUCAUCCUGCUGAGUUUGGUGAUCCUGUAACAGUGCAGCUACACCAUUUCUCGGAUGCCAGCAAGUCUGGUUAUGGCCAAUGCUCUUAUUUGCGUCUUGUUAACCAGAAAGGAGAAGUUCACUGUUGUCUGAUCUUCGGCAAAUCAAGGGUUGCGCCAACCAAGGUGGUUACAAUUCCCAGGUUAGAGUUGACAGCGGCAGUUGUGUCAGCUAAGGUGCACUCUAUGUUGAAAGAAGAGCUAGAGUAUCAUGAUGCCGAAGAUUUCUUCUGGACAGAUUCCCAAGUAGUCCUGGGAUACAUCCACAAUGAUGCGCGGAGGUUCCACACGUUUGUUGCUAAUCGAGUCCAGCUAAUCAGAGAUAGGACUUCUCCCGACCAAUGGCAUUAUGUCUCGACUGAUCAGAACCCUGCUGACCAUGCUUCCAGAGGAUUGAGCGUAAGUCAGCUGGGUAGCACAAAUUGGUUCCAAGGACCAAGCUUCCUCUGGGAGAAAGACUUUGCAGUAGGAAGUAUCUCUCCGACACUCGCCGUUGGGGAUCCGGAAGUGAGAGCAACCAACCUAUCAACAACUACUCAUUCGGAACCGUUGAACCUCCUCUCGCGCCUUACCAGGAUCUCUAGUUGGAAGAUGAUGAUCAAGGUAUUGGCUCGUCUACGGAUGGUAGUGAAGGGAGCAAGACAAGGUUCCUUAGUUCGUGAGAGAAAGGACGCAGAGCUGUUCAUUCUGCGGUUAGUUCAACAGGAAGCUUACCCUGAAGAAAUCAAGGCUCUGACGUCGGACAAGACCGUUAAAACGACAAGUACCAUCCAUGACCUUGACCCAAUAAUCCUUGAUGGGAUCAUGCGAGUGAAGGGCAGACUUGGCGAACUAUCGACAGAAGUGGCUCACCCUGUUAUCCUGCCCAAGCGUAGCCCUAUCACUCGGGCGAUUAUCCGCCACUUCCAUGAGGACAUCAAACAUCAGGGUCGAGGAAUGACGCAGAAUCACCUGAGAGCCAAUGGAUUCUGGAUUGUAAACGGAUCUAAAGUCGUUGCAGAGGUAUUGCGAAAGUGUGUGUCAUGCAGACGUCUUCGUAGGCCUCAAGAAGAGCAGAAAAUGGCAAACUUGCCAAGAGAUCGAGUAGAACCUUCGGCUCCUUUCACGAAUGUGGGUAUGGAUUGUUUCGGUCCUUUCUUUGUAAGGAGAGGUCGUUCUGAUAUUAAGCGAUAUGGGCUUAUAUUCACAUGUCUCUGUUCAAGAGGUAUCCACAUUGAGAUGCUCGACGACAUGACUACCGACGUAUUCAUCAAUGCUCUCCGCUGUUUCAUAGCAAUUAGGGGAGCUGUCCGACAGAUUAGGUGCGACCAAGGCAGUAACUUCGUAGGAGCAAGAAACGAGCUCCAAUCUGCAUUGAGAGAGAUGACUUCAGACCAAGUGAAUACGUACCUUGCAGACCAGCAAUGUGAAUUUGUCUUCAACGCCCCUCACUCAAGUCACGCAGGUGGCGUGUGGGAAAGACAGAUUCGAACCGUCAGAAGUGUCUUAAGGGCUACCAUAGACCUGUGUCCAGGAAGACUCACAGACUCCGCUCUUCGUACCUUGUUUUACGAAGCCAUGGCAAUCGUCAAUAGCCGACCGUUAACAGUGACCAAUAUGAAUGACCCAAGUGCGGAUGCACCUCUCACGCCAAACCACCUCCUUACUCUGAAGAGGACGGUUCCGUUGCCCCCUCCUAGGCAAUUUGUGAAGGAGGAUGUGUACACGCGUAAAGCCUGGAGAAGGGUUCAGUUCUUACUAGAACAGUUCUGGUCAAGAUGGCGGAGAGAGUACUUGUUGGGACUUCAAAGACGACAGAAAUGGACGAUGCCCAGACGGAAUUUACAAGUGGGAGACAUUGUAUUGCUCAAUGACGAUGAAGCUCCGCGUAUGAAAUGGCCAAUUGCGAUGGUCGCAGAAGCCACUCCUGAUGAAGAUGGUCUGGUCAGACGGGUACAGGUGCGCGUUGGAACGAAAGACCUUGACAACAAAGGUCGUCCAAACAAGAAGCUUGCCGAAUACUGGAGGCCGGUUCAGCUCGUACUGCUUCUGGAAAAGGUACCUCCAUAG